AUGGCCCUCCAGAACAUCGGCGCCAGCAACAGGGACGAUGCCUUCUACCGGUACAAGAUGCCCAGGAUGGUGACCAAAAUCGAGGGCCGCGGGAACGGCAUCAAGACCAACGUGGUCAACAUGGUGGAUAUCGCCAAGGCCCUGGCCCGGCCCGCCGCCUACACCACCAAGUACUUCGGCUGCGAGCUCGGGGCCCAGUCAAAGUUUGACGAGAAGACCGGCGUCUCCCUGGUCAAUGGCGCCCACGACACGCCGAAGCUGGCCCAGCUCCUGGAGAACUUCAUCAAGAAGUACGUGCAGUGCUACGGCUGCGGCAACCCCGAGACGGAGAUCAUAAUCACCAAGAACCAGACGAUCACCUUGAAGUGCGCCGCCUGUGGGUUCGUCUCCGACGUGGAUAUGAGGGACAAGCUGACCACUUUCAUCCUGAAGAACCCGCCGGAGCAGAAGAAGGGCACCGGCAAGGACAAGAAGGCCAUGCGGAGGGCUGAGAAGGAGCGGCUCAAGGAAGGGGAGGCGGCCGACGAGGAGCAGAAGAAGUUGAAGAAGGAGGUGAUGAAGAAGAAGACCCCAUCUUCUUCAUCCAAGGACGUGGCGGCCCCCAAGGCCGCCGCCGCAGCCGCUGCCUCGAAGAAGAAGACAAGCAUCAGUGGUGGCGGUGGGUCUGAUGAGGAUCGGUCGCCCACCGGCAGCCAGGCGGACGACAAUGAGCUAGCCCAUGAGGAAGAUGAGGACGACGACAUCCAAUGGCAGACCGACACCUCGAGGGAGGCCGCCCAGAAGCGCAUCCAGGAACAGCUCAGUGCGGUAACUGCAGAAAUGGUCAUGCUCUCCACAGAUGAACCACCGGAGGAGAGGAAGAAACCGUCCAAGGAGAAGAAGGCGGAGGAGAAGAAGUCCAACGGGCACCACCACCACCACAUCGCCGCUACUGAAAAAGAGGACCCACAUGCCGCACUGGUCAAGAAGCUCAGAGCCCAGCUGCAGCAGAAGGGCGGCACCACUCCGGCGGAGCUGAAGGCCUCCGUCAUGGGCUCCGCUGCAGGGACCCCGAAGGAGGCGAUGGCGGCGCUGUUCGCCGCCAUGUUCGAUGGCGUCAGCAAGGGGUUGGCCAAGGAAGCAGGGAAGUGGCUGAAGCACCUGGCGGCGCUGGCGCAGGACGAGGCCUCGCAGAUGCAGCUGCUGCAGGCGCUGGAGGGGUUCAGCGGCAGGGCCAGCCCGGAGGCGGUCAAGGAGGUGGCGCUGGUGCUGAAGCUCCUCUACGACGAGGACAUCCUCGAGGAGGAGGUCAUCGUCGGCUGGUUCAACGCCGGCGCCGCCAAGGGCUCCUCCCCCCAGUUCUGGAAGAACGUGAGACCCUUCGUCGAGUGGCUCCAGAACGCCGAGUCCGAGUCCGAAUGA